AUGCUUGCGCUGAUUGAAGUGGACGAGAGCGACGUGGAGGACAUUGAGAAGGUCGUGUCAGACGUAGCGCUAGUCGUAAAGGAAGUCGUGAGGAAUGAUCUAGUUCUAGAUGAGGAAUCGCUAUGUACACCUGAUGAUGAUACAACAGAAGAAAAUGAAGACGUGCUCCCGAUCGCCGCGGAAGACGUAACAGAAGGCGCCAAUGAACCACUGGUAGAAACGCUAUCAGACGUCGACACCACAGUUCGGCUGCCGCUCGUCGUACUUGGAGGCGGAGCCGAGCUGCUUCCUGCCAAUGCACUUGAUCCUGAGAAAGGAAUCGAAUCCGUGCUGGCACUCGAUGGCACACUCGAUGGUGACGUCGGACCGACAGCUGUACUGGAGUACGACACAGGCUCGCUACUUGUCGGGGGGUCGCUCGACGUGAUGCUCGGGCUAGAUGCGGCAGAGCUCGAAGUCGGCGGAUCGCCCAUGCUAGACGAUGUAGGAAUGGCGAUGCUCGUAGGAAUGGCGAUGCUCCUAGAGGUCUGUGUCGGUGGGUCGCUCGACAUCGACGGUGCAGGAGAGCUGCUCGAAGACGCAGAAGCAGAGCUUCCUGUGAACGGCUCACUCGACGUCGACGGUGCUGCAGAACUCGUACUCGACGACAGGCUCGAAACACUUGAGCUUGCAAGAUCGCUCGACGUUGAGUACGCAGUCGAGGUGACACCUGGACUGGACGACAGUACAUCGCUCGACGUCGACAGCACGGGAGAACUCGACGACACAGAGGCAGAGCUCCGAGUAGACGAUCCGCUCGACGUUGAGGGCACAACGGAGCCUGAUCCCGAAGACAGCGAUGAAGUGCUAGCAGUCGAUAGACCACUCGACGAAGACUGCACGAACGUCGAGCUCUGCGCGGAGGAGCCGUCCGACGAGGAAGCAGAGCUGGAGGUCGGCUGGUCACUCGCACUAGACGACACGGAUGACACGACACUCGACGAUGUGACUGUCGAGCUCGCGCUCGCGGUGCUUGAAGACGUAAAAGAACUCGACGUCGGUGGAUCACUCGCGCUCGUGCUCGAGGACGACGCAGCCACGCUGGAGCUCAACGUCCCAGUUACGCUCGUGCUUGUGCUUGUGCUCGUGCUCGGCACGGAGGACACAGCGACGCUGGAGCUCAACGUCCCAGUUACGCUCGUGCUUGUGCUUGUGCUCGUGCUCGGCACGGAGGACACAGCGACGCUGGAGCUCGUCGGCGAUGCCGCACUGGAGAUAGAUGAGGAAGAUGCACUCGAUGAGGAAGAUGAAGGCGAACUAGACGUGGAGGACGGAGAGGCACUGGACACAGAGGACGAAGACGACACCGGCGUACUCGAGGUCGGAACCACGGACACGCUCGUCACGCUCGAGCUCGCAUCCGACACCGUCCUUCCACUCGUCCCCGACGGAAGAUCCGAGCUGCUCGUACUCGUCGUCACCGAGCUGGCGCCACUAAUCGUCCCGAAUGAUAAUGCACUCGAACUGGACGUCGUCCCCAAAGUGGAACUUGACACCGCACUCGACGUUGCGAUCCCACUGGAAGUAGGAGCAGACGUAGAACUCGAGCUUGCCACCCGAUUCGCGCUCGUCAAAGACGUGCCCGAUGUAAUGCCCUCAGAUGAGGACCACGUCGAAGAUGUAGAGGAAACAGUACUGCUUGCGUCCGUGGACGAAGACCCCGAUGUCGAUGUGGAAAUCGACGGCGGCGACGAACUGUCCUCGUCAACGCCAACGGAGCGUCGCGUAACAUCAUUUGAAUAUUGAGGCCAAAGGAGAGCCGCACGACGAACGCGCCAAAAAAAAAAGCAAAACGUAAAAGUCAACGCGUUCAAAAAGGGAAUGUGCACGCAACAAUGUGAAUGACGUAGGGGAUUGAAAAAGAACAGAAAGGCAUGGAAAUGAUGAAAAAAGGAUUAGACGGGGGACUGCUCCCUCGCAAGAAGAAAUACGACACUCACGUUGACAUCGACGCACCCGAACUUGCGGUUGCACUCGACAGAGAACUCGGUCCGACGCUCAGGCUUGCACUUGCACUUGCACUAAUGCCGAUACUUGCG